GUUGGGGAGGAAAAGAAAAAGAAAAAAAGAAAACGUGGAAGGCAGAAUCGAAAGUCGAAACGUGCGCCUCUACCAUCGUCUUUAUAAAUAAAGGCAGAAGCGACUCCAUUUUCUUCCAAAGCAAGCUCUGAAGAGAAGAGAGAGAAAAGGUGGAUAGUGCGAUACAGAGUGUGUGUGACUGUGACUCUCUCUGUCUAUCCAUCUUCCUUCACUCUCCCACAUUCACACCAGAGACUGGAGCCAGAGAAGAAAAGAAUAAUAUAUGGAGGACGGCGCAGGAAGAGGUUUGGAAUGCCAGAAGACUAUGGAUGGGAAGGCGAGUAAUGGGAAUGGGUUAGAGAAGGAAAUUCCUUCUUGUUGUUUGAAGGCAUUGGCUUCAGUCCCGGAGUCAGAGGCUAAGUGCCAUUCUACUGUUGUUUCUGGGUGGUUCUCAGCUUCUCAAACUUGCUCUGGAAAAUCCGGAAAAGCUGCGUAUUUCAACAACCCAAUGUGGCCAGGAGAAGCCCAUUCAAUCAAAGUAGAAGAGAUUUUAUACAAGGAAAAGUCAGAGUACCAAGAGGUCUUGGUUUUUCAGUCAUCAACAUAUGGGAAAGUGCUUGUACUUGAUGGAAUUGUUCAAUUGACUGAGAAGGAUGAAUGUGCUUACCAGGAGAUGAUAACUCAUCUUCCCCUCUGUUCAAUUCAGUCCCCCAAAAAUGUUUUAGUUGUUGGCGGCGGAGAUGGUGGAGUUUUAAGGGAAGUAUCCCGCCACAGUUCAGUGGAAAAUAUUGAUAUUUGUGAGAUCGAUAAGAUGGUUAUUGAUGUUUCUAAGAGGUUUUUUCCUCAGUUAGCUGUUGGGUUUGAAGAUUCUCGAGUACACUUGCAUGUUGGUGAUGCUGUUGAAUUUCUUAAAAGUUCUCCUGAAGGGAAAUAUGAUGCCAUAAUUGUUGAUUCCUCUGAUCCUGUGGGUCCUGCCCAGGAACUUGUUGAGAAGCCAUUUUUUGAGACUAUUGCUAAGGCGUUAAGGCCUGGUGGAGUUCUUUGUAAUAUGGCAGAAAGUAUGUGGCUUCAUACACACCUUAUUCAAGAUAUGAUCUCCAUUUGUCGAGAAACUUUCAAAGGUUCUGUACAUUAUGCAUGGGCAAGUGUACCAACUUAUCCAAGUGGCGUGAUAGGUUUUCUUCUAUGCUCAACAGAAGGGCCACCCGUUGAUUUUGUAAACCCCAUCAACCCCAUUGAAAAGUUGGAAGGUGCUAAUGAGCACAAAAGAGAACUUCGUUUCUAUAACUCAGAGAUGCACUCAGCUGCUUUUGCGUUGCCUGUGUUUCUGAAGAGAGAAGUGAGUCUGCUCCGUGAUCCUGCCCUUCAGUAGCAUAACAAUGCAUGUUUACGUAUGUAAUUCCUAAAUAAGCGAUUUUGACUUCAUUGUCAUUGACAAGUGUGGGAUAAAUAGGAACUUUGGUGUGAUUAUUUUUAUGUUAACUAAUUCGGAUUAGCUUUGUUGAAAUCUUAGGGUGGUUGUCUCGUAUUUAGUUAACUGUUCUAUAUUAGUUUUUUUCCCUUUCUGAAUAUGCUUGUAAGACGUGCAUUAUCAAUCACGUAAAUUAUACGUGGAAAUAAUUUGUGGUGCAAUUCUGGAUUUUUUCGAA